CGCGCGCUCGUUAUUCGCUGCUCAGCUGCGCGCCAGUGAGAAAUCACUCUCCAUCUCUCUAUCUGCUUUCAUCGGGAUGGGAUCGAUUUUCUCGAGGUGACUUUAGAGAUGAGCAGUGCCCAGAUGAAGAUGUUUGUGCUGCUGUGCGUUCAGACCGCGGCGAGCUCUCCAAUCUCCACAGCUGAUCAGGCUCAGGGUUUUCUGGAGCGAUACGGAUACCUGCAAAAGGAGAAGGAAACUCAUCAUAAUGCUGAAGUCGAGGCUGCCAUCAGAGAGUUUCAGUGGUUAUCUCAGCUGUCUGUCACUGGACUGCUGGACAGAGCCACGCUGGAGAAGAUGUCAUCAGCUCGCUGCGGGGUUAAAGAUGUCGGGAGCCAUAGUUCCUGGAGCCGAAGGGUCAACAGGAUCUUCACAGGCAGACAUGGGCGGCACGAGCAGCAUCUUCGUAAGAAGCGUUACACUCACAAAGGAGAGAAAUGGCACAAACAUCAGCUCACCUAUGGCAUCAUGAACUGUCCGCGGAGUCUGUCUCCCAGUCAGGUGCGUGUGGCGGUGAACGCAGCGUUCCAGCUCUGGAGUAACGUGUCCGGGCUGCUCUUCCAGGAGCUCCAGCAGGGUCCCACCGACAUCACGCUCGCUUUCUUUGAAGGGGAACAUAAUGAUGGGACAGGAAAUGCAUUUGAUGGGCCAGGUGGCACUCUGGCUCAUGCAUUUUUCCCAUUCCGUGGUGAAGCUCAUUUUGAUAUGUCUGAACGAUGGACCCUGAUUGGUCUUAAAGGACACAACCUGUUCCUUGUGUCGGCCCAUGAAAUUGGCCACACUCUGGGUUUGGUUCAUUCACCAGUUCGCCAUGCGCUCAUGUCCCCGUACUAUAAGAAGAUGGGCUCUGCUCCACUGCUCAGCUGGGAUGACAUCGCUGCUAUACAACAACUCUAUGGUAAACAAGCUGCUCUUUUCUUGUUAGAAAGCAGUGCAAGUGUUUAUGGCUCUGGUCUUUAG